ACCGGCUCCGUCGCCCGCACCUUACUCCUGACUCCCACCGUCUCCAACGGGAGUCGUCAAGUUCUUACUUUCUUAUCCCUCGUUUCCAUACGCCAUCACAACCGCCAAACUGUUCUGCUCAACGAGCGACGAGAAGCGUGUCCCCUGGACAUCCAAGGUGGCAAGUUGGCUAGCCACCGUCCCGCGCAUAUUCGGGCUAUCCGACAAGCCUGCGGCCCCUACCCCUCGAACGAAUCGCCCACCCAUGCAUACAUUCGACAUGGUCGUCGUCGGAAGUGGCGGGGGAUGCGACGAGACCAACCUGAGCAGCUACCUCAUCAAGCCUGCCACCGCUGCCUGGACAGAUGGGAUCAUCGGCAUAGAAGGAGGCUCGGGAAUGGGCGCGCUGCAGCAGAUCCUCACGCGCAACCCGAAGCUUUUCGACGCGCGCAGGCGCUACACCGCCACGGAGAUCUACUCCCACGUACGAUGCUUCCUUAUCUCGCAUGGCCAUUUAGACCAUGUUAGCAGCCUCGUGCUAUCGGCCGGCUCGCUUACGGGACCGAGGAAGCGCCUUUAUGCAGCGGAGGAGACUCUGGGCGAUCUGAAGACUGUAUUCUCAGAUAGAGUGUGGCCGAAUUUGGCGUCGGCGGACGAGGACGACGAUGUCUACAAGUACCUGUAUUCGCCACUCAAUCCCAGCACACAACGGAAGACCAUACACAAAGACGUCUCCGUCCGCUCUUUCAGGCUCAACCACGGCAGCAACGACUCCGGCGCAUACGAGUCGUCUGCUUUCUCCAUCCGGCACGAUCCCUCUGGCCGUGAAUUUCUAUUCUUCGGCGACGUCGAGCCCGACUCGCUCGCCAAAACGCCGCGCACGAUCGACGUCUGGCGGUAUGCUGCUCCCUUAAUAAGGGCCAAGACGCUCUCCGCCAUCUUCAUCGAAUGCUCGUAUCCAUCCGGCCGACCGAACAACAUGCUCUUCGGGCACCUCAGCCCUGAGCACCUCACGCAGGAGCUCGUCGCACUCGCCACGGAGGUCGUGAAAGCCCGGCGAGAGGGGGGCAGCACGUCCAACUUGAGCGACACGUCCCGUACCUCCGGCCAUAGCCGCACAUCUAGCAUCAGCCGCCUCCGCCCCCUGCGCAAAAAGAAGAAGACGAACCCAAUCGAGCGCGAGGACCGGCUGGGCGCGCUUAAGGGCCUGCGCGUGUAUAUCACGCACUGCAAGGCGGACCUGGAGGGCGCGUACGACCGGCCGAUACACGAGGUCAUCGCGAGUCAGGUUCGCCAGCUGGUGAAGAAGGAGGGCCUUGGGGCGGAGAUUAUUGCCGCUGAGCAGGGUAUGCGUAUAGAAAUAUAAGGACAUUGAUCCCCUGACUCCUGUUACCUGCAUCUCAUUGAUCAUUGAAGUUUCCCAAUCUCCGUACCAACACUGUAUCAUAGUCAUCUCUCCACCCUCAUUGUCCAUCCUCCAUUGUUGUAGCCAUAGCAUCGUUAUCGUCUCAUUGCUUUUCC